AUGUGGACGCAGAAGACCAGAUCCAAGACCUCCUGUGCCAUCUUCCUGGUCAAGUCGCUUAACCUGAGCCUCAUCAGCAACCCCGUUUCACGAGGCAGGGCUGUGGGAAGGAGCCAUGAGAGCGAGCGGGCGUCCCAACCUGCAGAGCGCUCUCCAGGAAGUGACGGCGACUCAAGGGGCGCUUACGACCGAGGCAAGUCAGGAGGAGGGCAGAGCCCCAGCGAGUGCCAACAACGCAGGCCCCGCUUCCCACGACGGGGGCUAGGCCCGGGCACCCCAGGCCCCCCGGGCCCCCCAGGCCCCGGUCACCUCGCCAGGCACGCGCGAGGCUUUGGGACGCGGUGGGCCAAGCGGGGCAACCCCCGACGAGCCGAUCCGGCUGCCCGGCUCCCGGGUGCGCCCUGGCCCGACACUCCCCCUAAUCCGCCCGGGUCCUCGCCCCCUCCCCAAACCUCAACCCGCCUCCGCUCGCUCCACCCCGCAGGACCCGGGGCAGGUCCCUCUCUGGCCGCGGCCCGGCCCGCCCGCGGGUCCCCUCAUGCCCGUGCCGGGGACGCAGCGGGCCGCGGCCUGGGCGAGCCGGGCUCCCGAGGGCCGCGGCCAAGUCAGGGUCCGCCGAAGGGGCGAAGCGGCCCAGGAGCCCCGGAGGAAGGCCCGGAGAGAGCGCCGGUCACUCACCGGCCGCGGGUCCGCUCCGGCGCCUAUCCGCCGGUCCCCGCGUCAGUCAGUCAGCGACUCCCUCCCGCGCCGCCGCCGCAACCGAGCGGGCGGGUGCGAGGGCGGCCGGACGUGGCCACGCAGCGCGCGGGGCGGGGCCUGAGGGGUCAGGGCGGUGCAGGGGGCGGGGACUGA